UAACCCCCCUCCCUCCCCACCACAUUUUGCAGAUCUCUUCUUCACGCCCAUUCCCUCUCCCUCAGAUCUCCCUUCUCUCCAUAUCUCCGGCGGUCCUCAUCAGCGCGCCGUGUCCUUCGCCGUUACAACUGACCCACGGUUGCCGCCACCUCCGUCCUGUCAAUCUCCCCCAUCACUCCGAGUCAUGCCGUCGAUAAAGUCCCCGUCUCCAAAUCCCGCUGCUCCCUUCAGUCCCGGUCACUCCGCCAUCUCAGCCAAAAUCUCCCGUUCUGGCGAUGCCGUAAAAGAAGAAGGAAGAUGGGGUGGCGAUCUGGGAGGAUCGGGCGAUGAGCGGGAAGCAGGGGCAGUGUAGGAGUUGAAGGUGUGCACCAAUCAGGAUCUCGACGACAACGACGAUGAUGCGGCGGAGAGGAUGGGAAAGGCGGCUAUGAACUGUCGAGGAGAAGAGAGAAGGAAGAGAGCAUUUGCUACCUCAAUGAUAACUGGGAUUUAAUGUGUAAGUAUGGAAAAGUGUUUGCCAAGGGAGGUGCUUGGUUUCGUCAGGGUUCCUUUGACUUGUGGAUGGAAUUUGCUGCUAAAAUGGGAGACGUCGAUUCACUUUGGAAAGUUGAUAAAAUAAGAUCAGAAUCCAUGAAUCAUCACACUAUUUCGAGUGCCUUUUCAUGUGCUAAGUGACGGCAUGGAAAGUCUCUUUCAAGGUCAUUCAGAGAUGUUUGGGAAGAACAAUAAUGGGCUUCAUAAGGGAAGAGUCAUCAUUACCAAAGAUAAAAAGGAAGACCCGACGGGUUUUCUUCUAUUAGCUUUUCAAGAAGACAGCCGCAGAAAUCUAAAUUUGAAGGCUACCAUGGUGAGAGAGAAGAAAUCCAAAGACCCCCAAGGGGAAACACCGCCUUCAUCGUGUUUAUCUACAUUCCCGCCGCUGAAGGCCGUUGGCGGUGGCGGUGCCCCCUGCUUCGAUCCCAAGGCAGCAGCCGCCUCCUCACACUCCAUCUCCUCCCAUCUCUUCAUCCCAUCCACACCCUACAUGUCUUUCUACCUUCCCACCAUUGAUGGCCGGCGGUGGCGGCGCCUCCCCGCGAAGCCAUCGUCUGUUUCGAUUCCAUCAGCUCAUAUCCCUGUUUCAGAUCCUUCUACACGUUUGACCAGCGGCCAAUGCCCUGCAACGCGCCAUUGUAAUCGUAUGUCAACGUUCCUCCAAGUCCAAGGCAACAGCAGCCGCCGCCGCCUCCCGCGCUAGCUGUGGAGGCUCGGACCCUCUUACUUCCGCCGCUAGAAGCAAAGGGAAAGAAAAAGAGGUGAAGGAAGUUAUAACUCUCGAACAUCAUUCCAGUAUGUAUAUUUUGUUUUCAUUUUCUUAACCCUUUUUUCUAGCCUAUGUUUGGUAAAUCUAUAUUUAGUCUAUAAUUAUCAACAAACUUUAGAGAAAGAAAUGGUAAUAGAUUCAAAAAACGGUGUUGGGAUUAUCCAUGAACGGAUAAAGCUCUGAAACCUCGUUUAGGAGAGCACUCUGGUACACCUUUGUUCCUCCAAGCUUUUUCAAAUGAAUCCUAUAAGGUGCU